UAAAAACAGAUACCUUUAUAAGUUUCGAGGCAAAGCAGCAUGAGCGGCAAGUCGACCGAUGCCAAGUGGUCCGGCGGCUACACGGAGGCCGAGAUGCAGGCCUUGGCCUUCCGUCGGCGCAUGAAGGAGGAAGCGGCGAACCCAACCUUGAAGCGCGAGGCCAAGAAGAAGAAGAAGAAGCACAAGAAGAAGCACAAGAAGACCAAGGUGGACGAGUUUGGCCGCGAUGUCCCGUCCAAGCGCCAGCGAUCCAGCUCGGUCUCGAGUACGUCGUCGGUGAGCUCCAUCGAGAGCCUCCCACCAGAGGACCCGUUUCGCCCCGACAUGGACGAGAACCGCCAUCAUGCCCGAAAACCUCGCCGCCAGCGCAGUCGGAGUCGCAGCCGAGAUCGCAGCCGAGACCGCAGCCAUCGACAAAGCCGCAGUCGAAGCCGCAGCCGAAGUCGCCAACAACGACGUAGUCGGAGUCGAAGCCGCAGCCGUGGCGCAAGUCGUCGCCCGUAUGUCGACGUGUCCAAACGGGACUGGACGCACGACGCCUACAUGAACCGAAGCCCGAGCCCGAUGCGCCAAGUCGAUCCUUUCUACAAACCCGAGCCAGAAGCUUGGGUGUCCCGCGCUGGUGGUGUCUACAUUCCAAAGGUCUAGUUAGCCAUAUACACUAGCCGUCUAGUCUACAGAGCUCGAUCGUUCCUUGCGAUUUCGGCGCCCAUCUCUGUUCCGAGCUCAUCGACCUUGCCCGAAUGGACCUCGACCACCAUCGCCUUCAGUCAUGGUCCUUGGCGGUCUGUUGUUGGCGGUAGCAUGGUGGCAUGCCAAGGAUGCAUGGGACCUCACGCGUAAGCCAAGCAAAUCGCUUUAAAAACGCGUUUAACUCGGCUAUAUAACCUGUCUAAA